ACCGCUAGUCGAGUUAGUACGACUUGUGACGUCGCGGCAGUUGGUUGUUCGUCUUUUGGUGUUCGUGGUAUCGUCUCAUCGGCGAUGUGACCGGUUUUGAAAGUGACGUGCGCUUUUUUGUACACCUUGUUACGUGUUUCGGCGCGUAUCAGAACGACAAUAAUAUCAGUUCUCGAGUAUAAACGCGGGGAACACGACAUACGUCCUCUCUUGAAAUUUCGGCGUACAUUGGCGUCCGUCACGUUUCCCUCACGAGAAUUCAAUCAGUCAUCUGCACGAUCGACUAUAACUAUCGAAAGAAUCGUACGGAAUACAUUGUCGUUCGUUCGUUCGUUCGCGGUCCGAUAUCCGUCGAUGUCGUUGCAACGUCUUAAACACGACGACGAUUCUCGCGAAUUGUUCUCUUCGCGUACGGAGUGCGGAAACGAUAUCGAAUCGAAUCGAAACGACGCUCGACUGCGUUUCAUUGUCUCGAUUAUUCGUGCUUCUAGUCGUACGAUCGGUGUCUAACGGCGUGUCAAGCGGCCGGCUAAUUAAUUGCUCGUUGUACGAUCUGGGCGACUGACAUUCGUCCCUUACGUUCAUACGGGAGGCGUCGCCGUUACAUCUGCUCCGAAAAAAAAAAGGAAAAGAAAACGGAGUUCGACGCAUCGUAUUCGCGCGUGUCCGAUCGGUUUUUCCAGUGUGAGAGAAUUUGCGUCGUUAAGUCGAAUUGCAAACGCGAUUCCUACAGCGAAAGUGAGCGACGGGUAGAGCAGUGUAACAGCCGAGGUGAGUGGAUCGCAAAUAGGGAACAGAAACGCGGAGGCGAGUCCUCUCGGCGAGUGUCUCGCGGAAUCGGAGCUCCAGUCGAGGACGAGAAAGAAAGAGAAGGCCGGUGAAACAUGUCGAGGUUGCUGAAAGGCGAACCGACGGGCGGUUAUAUCAUUGACUCUAUCGCGGAUCGCCGAAUGUAUUAACCGGCCUGGCAAAUGAAGCGUGUUGCGGCGUGAACGAAGAAAAGAAAGAGACGGGCGGCGGAGGACGAACACACACCGGACACACACGUUUCGGACUUGAACGACAGGAGGAACCGAAUUUUUCUAAUCUAGCCAAAGAAAGAAAAGCAGGCCAGGCAUCGUGCCUCCCACUGCCUACCGGAAGUCAUAUGCCCAUAUACACGCGGAAAACGGUAAAUCAACGUAGAGGCCAUCGGCUAUAACGAGCGUACACGUUUAUUUUGCAUUGGACCGAAGCACGCCUGCCCCCUUCACCUCUGUCUGUUUUGUUUUUCUUGGUUCGCCUAUCGUCAUUGUUACUUUGUUUAAGCGUGCAGCUUGCGAGGAAAUCGAAAUGGUCGAGCUGUGCGGAAGCGGACAACCGACUUCAGCGAUGGGAGUGAUGGGGAUCGGUUCGGUGGUGUCCGCGGCGACGUCGUCCUCGUCCUCGUCGACGACGACGGCCGCCUCGUCGUCCGCGUCCGGGCGUGCCGGCGUCUUAGAAACGCAAGUUCGUGGCCAGUGGUAUCGCGUGUUCGUCUCGUUGGAGGAUGAUUAUCUGAGCAUUUCGUUGGACGAGAGUUGCGAGACGAGCAACAACGCCCUGAACAACGGUAACAUAAACAACAACAACGUGGACAGCCUGAACGAUCCGGACGUGCCGGACUCGGUGGCCAAUCAGAAACGUAUCGUGCGCGUGGUUAAAAGCGACAACAACGGCCUCGGCAUCUCGAUCAAGGGUGGCAAAGAGAACAAAAUGCCGAUCCUCAUCUCGAAGAUCUUCAAGGGGAUGGCCGCUGACGCGACGGAGCAGCUGUACGUGGGCGACGCUAUCCUGGCUGUAAACGGGGAGGAUCUGCGCGAGGCGACCCACGACGAAGCGGUGAAGGCGCUCAAGAGGGCUGGCAAGGUCGUCGAGCUGGAAGGUGAGUGA